AUGAACUCUGGAGAUGUCUGCAAAUUCUUCUUAUUCGCUUGCGUUUCAGCCACCGAGCAUAGUUAUGACCAGACCCCAGAAGACAACAAUCUGGUGCGUCAUCUGGACGCCUGCGAGACUAUGGGCAAUGCUACAGCUAUCUGUUCGGACAAAACUGGCACUCUGACCACCAACCGAAUGACAGUUGUGCAAUCCUAUCUCGGCGGCAAACUCACGCGGGACUCUGCUCAACUGCCCACUCUUCAGACUCUGAAUGAAAAACUGGGCCAUCUACUCGUUCACUGCAUCUCCAUCAACAGCGGUUACACCUCUCGUGUCUUGCCACCGAAGAAAGCGAAUGAUCUGCCGACGCAACUGGGCAACAAGACGGAAUGCGCCCUGCUGGGUUUUGUGCAAACUCUUGGCGGCUCCUACGAGGACAUCCGACAGCAGUGGCCGGAGGAGUCCAUGCUGAAGGUCUUCACUUUCAAUUCAGUGCGCAAAUCAAUGAGCACGGCUAUUCGCAAUUUGGACCCAAACAAACGCGGCAUCACGGUAUUCACUAAGGGUGCCUCCGAAAUGGUGCUUAAAAAGUGA